AUGGCGCCGGCGAGGAAGAAAACGAAGACGGAACCCGCCGAUAACGAGACAUUGCCACCGAUAGAGCCCAGACAUGACGAUGGCGGAAACACAAAGAGUGGAACCGGUGAAAAGUCCACUUCUACCCCCGGGAAAGAGCACACACGUGCGGGGAGCUGGUAUUCAACCGCCGCGUCUCCAUGGCGAAGUGGGACUGCCAGCAAAGCUGCCGUCCUUGUAGCACAGGUCGCCAGAGAGAGCAUUUCAGUCGCCCAGGGCGUGAGCUCUUCUAGCAGUGAAGCUAGGCAAUCAGGAGAAGUCAAGUCGGACGAGGAAGGUAAUACGAAAGCGAGACGGCCCUCGCAGAAUGUGAGCAAAAGCUUCAAGGGGACAACCUCACGUAAGAGCGUACCUCUCRUGGCGGAAGCGACCAAGGUGCAUGCUACGAGCAAUCUUCCCAGCGUACCCAAAGGUAGGAAGACCAUGGGCGAAAAGAGCGGCGGGGCCAAACAGUUGGCAGUGCAAGAGGAGCGCAAGGAGGUGAAGGACGGAGGAGGCGAGAGGAAGGAGACCGUGGUUGAGGAGGCACCCUUGCCUCCCGAGCCCGAGGCUGAGACAAUGCAGGAUGUUGAUCUCAAGGACGAGGUGAAAGACACAGAAUUGACGAGUGUGAGGACUAGCUCUGGGACGUGGUUCGGCUGGUGGUCCAGGCCGGACGACUAUGGUAGCGAUGUGGAUAAGAAAGACGGUGGGAAAAGCGCGACCAAGGUGGCAUUGGAUGCUGCUGUAGAUCUAGAUGCUACAGGGAYACCUUUACCAGGGACGCCGGAAGACGAAGCGACAAGGACCAUUGCUCAGCCGGACGCUAUCGUUGAGGAGGAGGACGCUACAGGAGCUCUCCAGCCCGAAAUGAGUGUCAACACGUCCUCGGGCAAAUCCUGGUUUGGACUAUGGAGCAGCAAACAGAACCAACAAGCUGUGGCCGAAGAGCAACAGAUGCGGGAGUCUGAGGAGAGGGAUCUCAACGAGGAGCAGCCUGCUAUAGAGGUCACAGCUGAUCCUGGCACAACAGCCGAGGACAAGACUUCGGCAGAACCCAACGUUACCACAAGAGCGAAAGACAGUGACAAUAGCGAUGAGCGACCACGAUCUUCGGGGUGGGCGUUCUGGUCCAAGGAGCCGGCUCCAUCGGCAGAUUUAACGCAGAAGCAGAUCGGUGAGCUGGCUGUUGCUGAUACACCUAGUCAAAGCCACCCCGAAGCUGCACAGUUUAACGAGCAGCGCGAAGAUCGUAAACCUGAAGGGCUUGAAGGGAAGCGCAAUAGCUCUUUGCUUCGCCUAAGGCCAGGCAACAACAAACGGUCGAAGGCUCUUUCAGGGGAAAACACGGCAGUUGCCACUCCAGACGAGUCACAGUCUCAGCCAACGCCAAUCACGUCAGGCCGUGAGACACCCGUGGAAGUGCCAGCGAAGGCCGUGAGAAUCGAGAACGAAGUUCCACAAUCCGUCCAGCGGGGAAAGAAAUCAGAUGUUCACCAUCGUCYCAAUCUCAUUCUUCCGACAUUUCGUGACACAUACCCUCUUUCCUCCGCCCCGGGAUUGAUUGACCGCCUGACCUCAUACGUUGGCCAAACGCUCCACAUAUCGRGCUAUGAACCUCCCAGGGCUGCGAAUCAUCCUUUCAUCAACCCUACGCCGCCCAAGAUACGCAAGGCCAUYGCGAUCGGCGUUCAUGGCUUCUUCCCUGCUGCAUUUCUGCAUAGAUUCGUAGGACAGCCGACAGGAACUUCGAUUCGCUUCGCCAACUAUGCAGCUGCGAGCAUCAAGAGUUGGUGUGCAGAGCACCAACCCGAGAUCAAAGGUCUGGAAGUUGAGAAAGUUUCACUCGAGGGAGAAGGUUACAUUUCUUCACGAGUCGACACGCUUUGGAAACUUCUCCUAAACUGGCUGUCUCAUCUCAGGUCUGCUGAUUUCAUACUGAUCGCUUGCCACUCCCAGGGCGUUCCGGUCAGCAUACAACUUAUCGCGAAGCUCCUGCAGCUCGGGUGCCUCAGUCCGAACGUGAGAAUCGGAGUCUGUGCAAUGGCCGGCAUUAACCUUGGACCAUUCACUGAGUACAAGAGCCGCUUCCUUGCGGGAUCUGCUUCCGAACUUUUUGAUUUCGGUGACAGCGCUUCAAAAGUCUCAGUCGCCUACGCAGAUGCGCUCGACAUCUGUUUGCGCCACGGCGUUCGAAUCACCUAUGUUGGCUCUCUUGAUGAUCAGCUUGUCAGUCUGGAGAGUGCGCUUCACGCGCCGGUAACACACCCGUAUGUCAGCCGCACGGUGUUCGUUGAUGGAAGAGUUCACACCAGCAAUUUCUUGAUCCACCUCGUCGUUUUCGCUGCCAAAUUACGGAACUUGGGGGUCAGUGAUCAUGGACUGCUUCGCGAGCUGAGCUCACCUCUAGCUGGCUCAAUUGUGGGCGGAGAAGGGCAUUCGCGUGUUUACGACGACCCUGCGGUCUACAUGCAAGCUAUUGAAUUCGCACUGGAAAGUACAGACGUACAGGCUCCUGUCGUCCCACCCAAGGGAAGGCAAGCCUCGCCUGAUGCUACGCCGGAUGACAAACGCCGAAGUCUUGACGGAAAUAGGAGAGCUGGUCAGGCGGGCUAUCCAAAGAACAUGACUGCUGCGAACCACAUGCGACGUGGGAGUCUUUCCUCGCUGAACUUGGCAGGGACAGGGAUCGCACCGACCACCGCAGCCUAUGGAGCACCCAUUGGAAGUGCUGCACCGGCCGAGAAGAACCCCUUUGUCCUUCCUUGGGCUGUUAGAGGAAUGCUCUCCGAGGAUAUAGUGAAGCAGGAUCCUCGACUUCAGCAAGAGGUCAAGGAGCUCAUUGGGGAGUUUGAAUCUUGGAGACCUGUCAGUAAAGGGCUGAAGGAUGUGAGAUGGAGACUCGAGGGUGUGAGGAGUUUGCUGUAG